AUGCGCUCUUUCACUUGGGCUGCUACGUGCCUUUUCAUUGCCCGCUCGGCUCUGGCUUACGACCCCUACAACAUCACGGCGAAUUAUGUCAUCAACAACAAGAACUACUACGCCCGAACCUGGUAUGGCGAUGGCGAGCUAUAUAUCGGCUCGGCCGUUCCAGAGGGCGUAGCCACGGUGACAAACUUUACCGUCCCUGCAGUCCGAGCAGACCUCCUGUACGUCGAGGCCACGGGCUCAGACCUCAACCUGGCCGACACAACAUUUCUCGUCGUCAAUAAUGCGUUAGGCGCCUCGGAACCCGUCUUUUUUGCCGACGACGCCAGCGGGCUGGAUGACGACGACCUCAUCUACUGGUUCCGUUACGAUACUCUGCUCUUCCCCAUCUUCAACGACGGCACCGGCCAGUCUUACUUUUACCUGGCGGCCACCAGCGCCCCGGGCACCUACCUUGUCAAGUGGGUGCAGGGCGGCAUCAAGUCGCCCCAUAAGCCCACCUCGGCCGCCGACCUGGAUGGAGCUUCGGUGCAGCUGACUGCCGUUGCUCCCAAUGUAUAG